AGAACGUGCAGUGUGAGCCUCGGUUAGUACUUUGUAAAAGAAGAGCAGAACGUGCAGUGUGAGCCUCGGUUAGUACUUUGCAGAGUAGCAGGACUAACAACAUAAACAAUGAGGAUGGCCUAUAAGCUAGACCAGAACAGCACACAGAGGAUGUAGAUGGAUGUGGUGAUGGCCUGGAAGGAAGAGAUAAUACAGUGCAAUGAAAGGACAAGGAACUCUACAGAUUAAGAUAAAGAUUCUGUACUGUGGGAACCUGAAACAGAAAAAUGAAGUUGGAGGCACCAGAAACCUUUGAAGAUGUCGCUGUUGAUUUUUCAUCAGAAGAAUGGAAGAUGCUGAACAAUCAGGAGAAAGAACUGCACAGAGAGGUGAUGGUGCAGAACUAUGAGCACAUGUUGUCAGUAGGUUUCAUAAUCCCAAAAGAGAAGCUCCUGUUGCUGCUUGAAAAACAUGGGAGUCUUGCAUCUGAUGUUUUGGAAGAAGCAAUGACCACUCUUCAAAUGGACACCCCUGAAGUCCCCCCCAACAUUCACAGGUGGUUAAAUGGCGGUGAGAUUCAGUGUCAGAGGUCAUCACAGAAACAGCAUCUGAGUUCCAUGUGUGCUGUGGGCUCCACAGAUAAAACACCUCAUAAAGUGUGUGGCUCUUCUCGUAGUGUAACCAGACGACAUAAAUUUAUGGAAUGUAACAGUGAUUUUAAUUUGGAGAAGGAUCUGAAAGUGCUUCUGGAAACUCGAGAGACAGAAAGAAUGUCCAAAACUGGUCAGUGUGAAACAAUUUCCACGUUCCAUUUUCUAAAACAGUGGAAAGAUUACACCGAUGAGAGAAAUACUAGGAGGGUCCAUCCUCACUAUGUUGAGAAAUGUGCUAGAAUAUUUCAAGGAAGGAAAAAAAAGGAGAAAUACAAAGACAGUUUGAAAACACAUCAAAAAGCCAACGCUAAGGAGAAAUUGUUUCAGUGUGCCACACGUGGCAAGUGUUUCAUAAAGAUGAGUAGCCUUAUCCAACAUAAGAAUGUCCACACUGGCAUCAGUCCAUUUAAGUGUGCCACUUGUAACAAGUACUUUUCACAUAAGUUUUCCCUCACCAUCCACAAAAGAACUCACACAGGGGAGAGACCAUAUAAAUGUGCAACAUGUGACAAAGCUUUUACAAAGAAAAGCAACCUUACAGCCCAUGAGCAAAUACACACUGGGAUUAAACCUUUUAAAUGUGUCACUUGUGGCAAGAGAUUUCUAGACAAACCCAAGCUUCAGAGACAUAUUAAUUCCCACACAGGGGUGAAGCCAUAUAAAUGUGUAGUAUGUAAUAAGAAUUUUGCACAGAAGGGUGCCCUUACAGUACAUGAGAGAAUCCACACUGGAACUAGGCCCUAUAAAUGUGCCACAUGUGACAAGAGCUUCAUACAGAAGAAUGCCCUUAUGCUGCAUGAAACUACACAUACUGGAACAAAGCCGUAUAACUGUGUCGUAUGUGGUAAAAGCUUUGCGUGGAAGCAGUCACUUCAAAUCCAUGAAAAAAUACACACCGGAAAUCAACCAUAUAAAUGCUCUUUGUGUGGCAAGAGUUUUGUUCUAAAGAGAAGCUUUAUAUUCCAUGAGAAAAUCCAUGCUGGAGAUAGACCAUUUAAGUGUUCCAUUUGUGGCAAGAGUUAUGUAGACAGUCAUGGCCUUGAUGGGCAUAAGAUUGUCCACACUGGAGAAAAGCCUUACAGCUGUACAACAUGUAGUAAGAGUUUUAUACGCAAAUGCAACCUCACAGUUCAUGAAAAAAUCCACACUGGUGAAAAGCCAUAUGAAUGUGAAACAUGCGGCAAGAGUUUCAGACUAAAGCACUACCUUGAAAUCCACGAGAAACUUCACACUGGACAUGAAGCCUUUAAGUGCACCGUAUGUAGCAAGACAUACACACAUAGGAGUAAUCUUAGAAGGCAUGAAUUUGUACACUCUGGGAAGAAGCUAUAUAAAUGUGCAUCAUGUGAUAAGAGUUUUUCACGGAAGGCUAACCUUAGGCACCAUGAGAAACUCCACAGUGGGGAGAGAAAAAUCCAAAGGAAAACAAGAAAAUUGCCCCUUCUUAAUAAUUCAGUGAAACAGGUACCUAAAAAUUCAGCAGGCAUGACAAGAUGUCAUAACUGAAGACAUUUUUCUAAAUAAAUUUUUAGUAACUAAGUUAGUAAAAUGAAUUGAAAAGCAAGACAAGGCUAGCCUGGUUCUGUGAUACAGACAGUCAGAGCCCUCACUGCGUUCCAGGUGUCUGGAGUUCAGUUAAUGGCCCAAGCAUUGGAGGAACCAGGCGGGGGGACUGAAGAGGCAGAGUUUGCAUGCACCUCCCAGGAGGAUGGUUGCCCAUAAUUAAUGGUACACAGAUUGCUCCAGUUUCACACAAUGCAGAUUGAAGAAACCCCCACUCAGUGCUUUUAGGGAAGGGGCAGAACUGCUUGGAAAGAACUCUCCAUGUGGAAGUGAAGAGAUUUCAUUUGGAUUAGGCCCUCUGCAUAUUAUCUCCAUGCCACUUCACCAUUUGCAUGUCCCCUCCCCAGCCCUUCAUCACAUGCUUGUCCCCUACCCAGCACUUCAUCAUGUGCACAUUCCCUCCCCAGAAUUUCACUGUGUGCAUGUCUCCUCCCCAGCAUUUCACUGUAUGCAUAUCCCCUCCCCAGCAUUUCACUGUGUGCAUGUCUCUUCUGCAGCAUUUCAGUGUGUGCACAUUCCCUCCCCAGUACUUCACUGUGUGCACAUUGCCUCCCUAGCACUUCACCGUGUGCACAACCCCUCCCCAGCAUUUCACUGUGGGUAUGUUCCCUCCCCAACACUUCACCUUUCCCACACCAUGAAAGUAGAUUCCAAAUCAGACAACCAACCACUCUUGAUGACAAUGAUGGCCUCUCCUGGUCAACCAGCACUCUGGUGAAUGGGAAUGAACAGGCUGAUUGGCCUUGAGGGGGAUGGUGAUUGACAGACAGUGGGGGUAAAAAUGACAAAAAGAAAGAAAAGAAAACUGUGACAUCACCAUGCAAAAAGAGUAGUAGUAGGACAUGCAGGUCACAGAAGAUCUACUCAUAUAGGAAGUAACGUGAGGGAACGUUUGAUGGAGUUAAUGUAAAUAUUAGCUACAUUGCUGUAUUAUGUGUUGUUGAGGGAGACAGAAGGUGUAUGUGACUUAAAGCAUCUGAUGAUUGAUAAGGUAAAUACAGUAACUGGAAUCAUUCAUAAGGACCCAGAUGACACAUCAGACUUAACAGUAUAUAUUGCUAUGCAGCAAAGCUGCUAAUUCGUAAAGUACUGUCAGAAAAAAUGACUGAAAGAAAGGAACAUUUAGAUAUUCAACUUGGAAAUUGUGAUGGAAAACAAUAAAGAGUUUUAAAUAAAAAUCAGUACUGGAAACGUAAUAAUAAAGGAAACAGAUGUCUUACAGUCCUUUGAUGUAAAAAAAAAAUAUAUCACACUAUUAAAACAGAUUAAGCUCUGAGUUACACCUGGUCUCGGGUAUUUGUGAAUUGACUUUCUGGUCAAAUUUGACUUCUUUUCCCGAGAAGCAAAAUUUAUCUUUAGUUAUUUCUGUGGGGGCAAAGCUUUAUGCAUCCUCAUGUAGGGGUUUCACUCCCUUUUUUUGUAUUUAUCAUUUCAUGAGAUCAUUGCAUGUUGGAGAAAAAUAAUUUUUCAUACUGCAUCCAGCUUAUGUUUUGACUUGGUGAUUAAAGUGCAUAUCUUU